AUGCAUUAAGAAUUAAACUGUCCUCGCUGUGAGAAUUCAUUUGAUAUAUAUGAACGUACACCAUAAAUGCUACCAAAAUGUGGUCAUUCAAUGUGUAUGUAGUGUCUUCGUGAACAAACUAAAAUAAUCUGUCCUGAAGAUGGGUAAAUCAGUAGCUCUAUUUAUUCAAGAAUUGUCUAACCAUAAGAUUUAAAUCUUUACCCUGUCAAUUAAGCCAUUUUAAAAAUAAUUAACAAGUCAAGUCUUAAGAACUCUUAAAUAGACUCUACAGAGCUAGGUGAAACUGUGAGAAUGUCGAAAUGUGAAAAUUUCUUUGAAGUCAUUGAAUCUACUACUCUUUGUAAAGAACAUAAUAAAAGAAUUGAAUUAGUGUGUUUAGAGGAUCAUAAUAAAAUAUGUGUUAAUUGUGCCUUAUUUGGUGGACACAAACAUCAUAAUGUUAGAAAUAUUGAUGUAUUACAUUCUCUUUUUAAUUUAAAUAUAGGAAGUCAUUUCAGAAAUCUAACAUUCAUUAAAAGAAACUGUUGAUUUAAUGUAGUAAAUUCAAUCCAAAAUUAAAUCACUCAAAUAACCAAUUAUCAAUAAAAAGAUACGCGAUUAAAUUAGAGUCUGUAUCAAAUAAUAAUAAAGUAUGGCUGAAGAGUAAUUCAAAGUAUUAUAAUAUUUCAACUUUAUUAAAGGAAAUGAUUACUUAACUUAUGAUGAAAUAAAGAAAAGUUGUUGAAGAGAUUGAAUAAAAAUAUAAAUAAGUAGAAGAUUAAUUAAUUAAGCGUGAACAAUAAUAUGUUAAUUAAGUUAUCGAAAAAGCAGAUUUAUGGAUGUUAGCGUAUUUCUUAAAUAAUAAUCUUUUUUAUAGCUCUUAAGAACGAAUCAAUUAAUUUGCCUCCUUAACUGAAAAAGGAGAAAUUGCUUUCUUUCUACUUUAAAAAGAUACUUCGAAUUCUCAAGCUAAAUAAAUUAUUGAAGAGUUAGAAGAAUUUAUGAAAAAAUUUUAAAGUAGAUUAUAAGAGGUUACUUAAGGUUAAAUUACACCUUAAAUACAUUUAACUAAAGAAUUAAUGGGAAAUUUUGAAUAUAAUUAUCCAUAAGUUUAAUAAUCAUUUUUUGAUGAUCCUAAUAUUUUAAGAGAUAUGUCAAUGAUAGAUUAAAGUUUUUUAAAAGAUAUAGAUGAUAAACCUCCUCAUAAUGAAUUUUUAACACAUAAUUUAUUAAAUCCUUAACCAUUAUAUUAAUCUCAAUCUGCUCUCUAAUCAUAACCAUCAUCUAAUAAUAUUUCAUAAAAUACUAUUAGUCCUAAUCAUGAAAAAAAAUCAUCAUAGAAUGAUACAUUAGUAUCUCCGAAACUUAGAAGAUAAUCAUCAAUGUCUCCUAAAAGACCUACUAAAAAGAAAUUUAAUACAAAAGUAGAAUCCAUUAUUUUAAAUUGUAAUGGAGAUACUUUAGAUCUCUCUUAAUAAGGUAUAAUCUGUUCAUAUAUUUUCAUUUAGAUCUUGGAGAUGAUGGGAUGAUUCUUUUAGAAGAAUCUAUCAAAAAUAAAAAAUUAAAGAUUUUAAAGUUAAUGAGAAAUAAAAUUAGUGAUACUGGAGCAUGUAAAUUACUAGAAUUACAUUGUUAAAUAUUACAUUUAUAAUCAAAUGUAAUUACAGAAAGGUUUUUAGAUUCAAUUUAAUAAUUAAUAUAAAAACAAACCUAAAUUCAUAUUAAAACCAUCUAUUUAGGAUAAAAUCUAAUGAAUUAAUUUAGAGUAAAGAAAAAAAUAGAGGAUUUAAAGAAGUUAGGCAUAACUAUUUAAAUAUGA